CUUCCGCACGCUCAGCGCCUGCAGCAUGGAGCGGACGGCGCUGGGGGGGCUGCCGCGGUUCCAGUGCCCCCCGGAUUUCUCCCCGAGCCCCUUCGCCCCCGAGGAGCUGCGGGGCCCCUCCAAGGAGCUGUGGCUGAUCCGAGCGCCCGCUGAUUUCAGCCCGGACAGCCUGGAUGGCUGCGCUGUGCCCCUGGUCGGGUUCCAGACGCUGAAGACAAGGUCUGAUGGGACGCAGCGGGUCUUUGACAUCCACAGUGCCCUGGAGGAGCCGGGCAGCCCCUACCUGCUAGUGUCCUCGACCCGUUCUGGCCAGCUCUCCUGCGCAGCCUCCUUCCACGGCUGCAUGCGCAUCUGCGAGAGAUUUGGGGACCCCAGCAGCAGGAGCCCUGGCCAGGCUGUCGCAGCCAGGCCUGCCCCCCAGGUCCCAGAGGGCCUCCGGCAGCGUUUCCUGCCCUUUGGGGGCAGCCCAAAGCAACAGUGCCCAGAGGCAGCCACGUCCACGCCAGCGACAGAGGUGCUGGGGUCUGCCAGGAAGAAGAAGAAGAAGAAGAAAAAGAGAGUGAAAGAGGAGCCCGUGGAGCUGCUGGUGUCCAUAAAGCAGGAGCCUCCCGAGGAGCCCUGGGGCUGGGGGAGCGGUGAGCCUGGCCCUGAACCCCCCGGAGGGGAGGAUGAUGGCUUGAGGGGGGCAGAGGGGCCCACUCUGGGGCACCUGAGCCCCAAGCACAAGAAGAAGAAGAAAAAGAAACACAAGUAUGAGGCUUUGGAGGGGGCAGUCUGGCCGUGCAAGGCCGAGCUGCCGGACCCCAGCUCCAUAAAGCAGGAGCCUACACACUCCCAGGAGUGAAUGCGGCGAUUGGCUGAAGAUGUGGGGUGGGGACGUCCCAUCACUGCUCUGACCCCUGUGGUGUCUGCCUGCUCCCGAGAUGGGAAUGGCAGCUUCACAUGGGGUGCCCCAGACUGUCUAAAGUGCCAGCGUUCCUCCGUGGGCAUUAGGGGCAUCGGGCCCCCUGCUCCUUCAGGGCCACCCAGCGGUGCCAGUGCCGUGCCUGUCGCCACCGGAACGAGCGGGAGGCCUUGGUGGGUCCAGGCAGAGCAGGACACGUUCUGGGCCGCAGCUGGUGACUGUGUGGCCAGGCUGCUCUCGGUGCACCUGGUGUUUGUGGCGGGUACUGGCUGAACCCUGCUGGCUGCGGGAUCCUGCCCGAGGCUGGGAGGGGCAGCAGGGAGUUGUGUUCUGUCUCUGCCUUCCAUUAUAAAUGCAAGUACACGUGGG